AUGAUCAAUCACCAAUAUAUUUUUUGUAUUAUUCUAUUAAUUAUAACAUUGGGUUUAUGUAUUACAUCAUUAUGCACAGAUUAUUGGAUUUGUGGUCAUCUAUUCUUAUCAUGUCAAGAUAUGGAUUAUAAAGUGAUUAUAUUAUCAAUGAUUGGAUUAUUGAUUUUAGGAUGUUUUUGUAUUUUAUUCAUUAUUAUCUUAGAUAUAAUUAGUUUAUGUUCAAUGAAAUUCUCUUCACAUAUUACUUAUUUAAUUCUUCGUUUCGUAUUAUUAAUUUUAUGUGCUAUAGCUUUAUUAAUUAGUGUUUUAUUAUAUACCAUAUUCAUUGAACACAAUUGGUCAUAUUUUUGUGCAGUUGUUGGUGCUGUAUUAAUAACAGUGGUAGUUAUAUUAUCAUUUAUGUCAUCUCCAUGUAUUAAUACAGAAGAUUAUAGAAACAAAACGUAUUAA